AUGAAUGUGUUUGAGGAACAACGCCUGUACACGACCAACCAAGAGCGUGAGAAUUAUGAGAAUAUGGCGACAUUAUUCAGCUUGAUUUCGUGCAUGGACUAUUUGGAGCGUGCGUACGUGCGCGGCGCAAUUACCGAGGAAGCAUACACACCCACUUGCCUGCGUCUGCUUGCGCAGUACAAGACGGCGAUCAAAUUGGUCGCAGAUCCCACCAAGCCGCAUCCGUUCCGUUUUGUGGAUGUGGACGCAUUUAUGGCACAAUUUAAUGUGCCGGCGGCGCAUCGACUUGCGCUCGGCAUCCCAGCCACCGUCGAGCACGCAGGCGCAGACACGACGAACGCAGCGUUUUCGACGCAUGCUCAGCGCGUUGCGGAAACGACGCAGAAUUUUAUAACAUUGAUGGACGCACUCAAGCUGCGGAUGCGGGCAAAAGACCAGCUGCACCCGUUGUUUAGCGAUUUGCUGAGCGUGUAUACCAAAGUCGGUGCGGAAGAAGAGGGGCGGGCAAAGCUGCUGCAGUGGCUGAUUUCGCUAAACAAGCUCAGCGCAAGUGCCGAGGUGGACGAAGAGCAAGCGCGCGAAGUGCGUUGA